CCACCUCCCUUGUUAUUUACGCGUCACUUUCUUGCUUAACAACUCCUCCAAUUCUGUUGUGAAAAGCCCUAGAUCUUUCUCUGUACGGGCUAUGGAAGUGAUUUCAGAGACCGCAGAGGAGAGGAUCAACUUAUCUGGAGAUAUGGACCCGUCUCCCUCCCGAUUAUCCUCUGAUUUAGCUGCUGAAUCACCUUCUUCCGCCAAUAUUCCAAGCACCACCGACUCACCUGAUCGCGACGAUCAGUUUAGUUUUUCGCCAAACCCUAAUAAAGACUCUGAAACUCAGUCUUCAGUUUCAUUGAAAAGUGAAGAGUAUCGACAAUUGUUUCGUCUUCCACCUGACGAAGUUCUUGUUCAAGAUUUCAAUUGUGCAUACCAAGAGAGCAUUCUUCUUCAGGGGCAUAUGUACCUGUUUGACCAUUAUAUUUGCUUUUAUUCCAACAUAUUUGGAUUUGAGACAAAGAAAAUUGUCCCAUUCCACGAAAUUACAAUUGUAAGACGAGCAAAGACAGCUGGGAUCUUUCCUAAUGCCAUAGAAAUUUUUGCCGGGGGGAGAAAGUACUUCUUUGCAUCAUUUUUGUCACGGGAUGAAGCUUUCAAGCUCAUUAAUGAUGGAUGGUUACAGCAUGGUAAUGGUUCACAAGCAAAUUCUGAACAGCAGGAUCUAUCAUCUGAGACUAGUAGCCCAGAGAAUGGACCUCUUGUAAUUGAGAAAGUCAAUGGCUCUAAUAAUCAUAGUGAUAAGCAGAAUUCUAUCAGAAGGGAUGAGGAUGUUUUAGAUGAUUCCAAGCGAACAUCUAAUGUUGAAAAUGAUCUGUCAACAAUACCAUUGGAAAUACAAGAUGACAAUGUGGAACAAGAUGCUGAACCAAUUGUAAAUGUUGACUCUUCAUCUUCAGCAAAGACCGUGUCUUGGAAGAUAGAGGACUAUGCAGCGCCUAAGAUUCCAGAAUGUUUUGCCAAGGUUGCUGAAACCAAGUUUCCGAUGAAGGUAGAGGAGUUCUUUUAUUUGUUUUUUUCGGAUGAUGCUUUUAACUUUGCUGAAUCUUUUCAUAGAAAAUGUGGAGAUAAAGAAUUUCGGUGCUCAUCAUGGAAACCACAUGAUGAAUUUGGGCAUGCCCGUGAUGUUUCAUUUCAACAUCCAAUAAAAAUAUAUUUUGGUGCUAAAUUGGGCAGCUGCCAGGAGAUUCAGAAAUUUCGAGUUUACAAAAACAGUCACUUGGUUAUUGAGUCAUCACAAGAAAUCAAUGACGUACCUUAUGGAGAUUAUUUUCGUGUAGAGGCGCUUUGGGAUGUAGAAAGAUAUGACAAUGAAUCAAAAGAAGGCUGCAUUUUGCGGGUUUAUAUAAAUGUCGCAUUUUCGAAGAAAACUGUUUGGAAAGGAAAAAUAGUGCAGUCUACACUGGAAGAAUGUCGAGAAGCUUAUGAAAUAUGGAUAGGCAUGGCACAUGACUUGUUGAAGCAGAAGAACAUUGAAAAACAGGAAGAGGUUGGUCCUACUGCUAGCAGCGUUCAGAAUGUUGAUGUCUAUACUGACAGGGAAGUCAAGACUGGGGAAUCCUCAGAAAGGUUAAGCAAUAUAGAUGACCAACUACGGACAGUACCCAGGUCAUGUUCCUUAGAUGCUAACCAACAAGUUGGCAAUCUCUUGGAAGGAAACUUGAUUAGCGCUACUAACAUUACAUCUUUGUUAAGAGAAUCAAUGAAGAAAUUCUGUUCAUAUCUGAAAAGCCAAAACCGUGUUUCAUUGAUCUUAGUCAUUGCUUUUGCUGUGAUAAUCCUGAUGCAGGUGAGCAUACUAGUGCUAUUAAAUAGACCCCAACACAUUCACGUGGUAUCUCCAUUGGAUUAUAUGGGUGGUGGGAUAGGAGAAAGAUCAGCUGAAACCACGGCUUGGUUGGAAAAAAGAAUGCAUUAUGUUAAGGACGAGAUGCUCAUGCUUGAGGUUCGGCUGGACAGGAUGCGGCGUGAAUAUGCAUUGUUGAAAGCUCAAUUUAAAGACCUCGAGCAUCUUCGUAGUAGUCAAUGACUGUUUU